AUGGCAUCGACCAAUGAGAGCGGAGAACACCAGGACCAGAAGGUUCCUGGUGGUGAGGAGGAGAAGGAGGAGAAGCAGCAGGAGGAGGAGGAGAGCGUCAGAGGGAUCCAGUCUCAUUACCUCCGCUGUCCGUCUCCCAGCUUCUCCAUGGCUUCAGAGUCCAGGUUCUCCAUGAUCUCCGGCUCCGACGCCGCCAGCAUCUUCAUGGAGCCCAUCCACCUGUCGUCAGCCAUCGCCGCCAAGAAGAUCAUCAACGAGGAGCUGCCGCCUCGCAGCGUGUCGGAGAUGUCCGUCCCCGAGUCCAUGCUGGAGACAGCGGAGCAGCUGAUGGUGGAGGACCUGUACAACCGGGUCAAGGACAUGAUAGACGACCGCAGCCCCUACAACACGCCCUGUGUGCUGGACAUCCAGAGGGCCAUGGUGCAGGACCGCAUGGAGGCCCCCUCCAACCCCGUGGACGAGGUGUGGCCCGGCAUCUUCAUCGCAGAGAAAUCCGUGGCGGUGAACAAGGCUCGCCUGAAGCGAAUGGGCAUCACCCACGUCCUCAACGCGGCCCACGGCACGGGGGUGUACACGGGCGAGUCCUUCUACGCCAGCAUGAACCUCCGCUACAUGGGCAUCGAGGUGGACGACUUCCCCGACGCCGACAUCUCGCCGCACUUCAGGCCCACCGCUGAGUUCCUGGACGACGCUCUGCUGACACACAAGGGAAAGGUUCUCGUCGUGUCCAUGAUGGGCGUCAGCCGCUCCGCCGUCCUGGUGGCGUCCUACCUGAUGAUCUUCCAGCACAUGACCAUCAUGGAGGCCCUGACCUCCAUGAGGAAAAAGCGCGCCAUCAACCCCAACGAGGGCUUCCUGAAGCAGCUGCGAAACCUCAACGAGACCCUGAUGGAGGAGCGUGACGACGACGACGAAACGCUCAGCCAGUGCUCCGUCAUCGAUGCACGUGCUCGCAGACACAUCUUCGGCGACGGCGGAGAUGAAGACGACGACGAUACGGAUAAAGACGAAGAGCAGAGUAUGAUCGGGGUGAAAGCGCACUCCAUCGUGAUGGAGGAGGAGGAGGACGGAGAGAGUGUGAUGAGCAGCGUCGCCUCAUCUGCAGCCGCCGCCGCGCUCAGGAACGGAUUCACCGGAGCGAUGAACGUGCCGAACGACCAGAGACCGACCCAAGAGGAGAUCGUCCUGCCGGAGACGGAGGACGGGGAGGACGGAGAGGACGAGGAUGGCCUGGACAGCAUGAUCCGUGAGUGGCAGAGGAGGAACGAGAAAUACAAGGACGACGACUGGUGGGAGGCGCAGCUGAACAGCGAUGGCGAGGACGUGGAAUCCGUCAGCGAGGGACGACCAAAGUGCCCCGCCGAUGUGGAGAGCGUCACCAGCGAGGAUGUACGCGCCAUGAAGGAGCGGUUGAAGCGGCGCGGCAGACGUCCAGCCUCCGACGCGAUGUCCACCUCCAGCUGCACGAGCUACUCCGACCUCUGGAAGCAGCGGCUGAGGGAAAUCGAGGAACAAGCCGCCGCUCGCUACCGCAAGAAAGACGACGAGGACGGCAGCGAGAGCACCGCCUCAGAAGGUGGAGAAGGAGCGAAGAAGAAGAUCGAUGAUGAGGUGGAGAGCCUCCUCUCCGACAACAGCUCCAUGUACAACUUCUGCCAGAAGAACAAGGAGAAGAUGACGCCAUUGGAGCGCUGGCGCGUCAAGAGGAUCCAGUUUGGCUGGAACAAGAAGGAUCGAGAGGACGGGGAGAAAAGCUCCGUGGGAGAUGGAGAGGGAGAUGACGGCGAGGGAGAGGCCAAGACGCCGGCCUUUCAAGACGUCAACCUGACGGCGUAUCAGUCGUGGAAGAUGAGGCAGCAGAAGCGCCUCGGGGAGGAGAACACGGAUGAGAUCUUGGAGAUGAGUCGCGGUGCGGACUCUGCGACGCUGAAGCGGCGGCAGAGACGUGAGGAGAUCCUGGAGCGCUCCAAGAAAAACCUGGAGGAGAGUCAGUCCAUGUGUGGAUGGGAGAACGAGAGCUGUGUCAGCGGCGGCACGAUACCGCUCUCUGCCUUCUGGGCCGGAGCCGGAGUCACGGGCCCGCAGAGCGUCGCCAACGACGACAACAUGUCCAUGCUCAGCGGCAGGUCAUCCGUCAUAUCCUCGGUUUCACAAGCUCGCAGUACAAGAUCCAUUAAUCCCAUGGCAUCGGUUCCUCCAAUCCUCCCGGUUCCUACGGUCCAGGGUCCCGGAGGAGAACCAAUGGUCAAUCUGGCCAGCAUCCAAAACUGGAUCGCCAACGUCGUCUCAGAAACGAUCAAGCAGAAGCAGACCGAGAUGAGCCUGCCUCCUCCGUCGCGCGCCGGAUCGGAUUUCAGCUUCAGCGGCGCCGGCAGCCUGAUUUCAGGCCGCGGCGUGGAAGACGACAAAGCCUCCCUGCUCAGCGGCGCCUCCUAUUCCAGCGCGCUGUCACAGGGUCGAGGCGCGGCGCCGUCUGUCCUCUCUGGUGGCGGGUCGAGCAACAUCUCCGGUCUCACCGGGAGAAGCUCUGCUCUGGGAUCCAAGAAGAACAAGAUCACCACCACCAGCGUCCCUCUGUUCAGCCUCUUCCAAGACCAGGUCGACAUGGGCAAACUGGACGCCAUGGACAAGGAGAUCAAGUCGGAGAUGAGGGGCAAGAUGGCCACCUAUGAGAAGAAGAAGAUAUUUGAGGACAACAAGCGCAGCACGCUGUACAAGAAGAAGAAACCGAAGGAGGACGAAGACAAGGAGGAGGAGAGAAAGAAGAGAGAGGAGGAGUUUCUGGAGGAAGCAACGAAAAAGGAGAAACCGGUGAGGUCGUUCGGCCUCUCCGGGUGUCUGAACCUCAACCCGGCGCUGGAGAAAGACAAGAACACCAGCGUGGACGACUGGCUGACAAGCGUCCGGCCUCCUCCGAGGAAACCGGCCUCCGGAAUGGACGCCGGCCCGUUGGAGGAUCCCUACGACGACCUCGACGCCUCCGCCUCCGAGUUCGACUUCUCCAGCCGCAGGGCGUCCUACGCCGCUGACGAGGAGGACGAGGAGGCUCACGGUGUUUCCUCCAGAUACAGAUCACGGCUCCAUGAGACUCCAUCAAGUGCAGAAGACACUUUCAACGGGUUCACGGCGUCCAACGGCUACAGGAGGUCGUACGGCGCUUACGGCGAGAGUGAAGUGGGCACGGAGAGCUACCACGACGUCGCCGCCAAGAGGAAGUUCGCCCACCAUUCGCGGUACGUAAGCAGCGAGACCGAAGGGAGGAGUAGGAGGGAGGAAGCAAGCAGCCAUGAGGAGGAUGAGGAGGAUGACAUCGCCACCUUCAUCGCCCAGACCAGGCAGAGGGCCAGAGCUCGGGCCGCCGCCGAGGCCGAAGACGACGAGGUGCUCACGGCUUGGAGGGCGCAGCAGGAAGCGAAAUCACAGAGCAGAAGUGAAUCUUAG